CAUUGUCAAAAGUGACCGGCAAAUAGGUCGCUCGCCGCGCGCUGUCGAUUGUGAAAUCUGCAACUUAAACAUGCAUCAGUGCCGUUGCGACACCCCGAGAGCUGCACCGAGCGGGCGCAGGGGUGCUGAAUUUGCUGAAAUUGCCCCCCUGUGGUCGCUCGGCUGGGCCCUCGCGGGUCUCCGCGGCGGCAGCCAGCUUUAGACGCGCUCCAGACCUGUUCACGAGUGGCACGCGGAAGGCUUCGGAGAGGGACACUUCUGUGUAAGCCCUUUUGUUCGAACGAGCCUCACCGGGGAUCUCUCACCUUACCAACGGCCGCCGACCCAGUCCUGCGUCUCCGGCGGCCACCACUCCCCUGUUCACAUCAACCAUAUGGACCAAGAUAAGCAACAGUGAAGUGCAGCAAACUCUCCGUGAGAUUAACGCCGUGCCCUCCAUCCACGACCGCCAAGCGAAUCAUCGACCACGCGCAAGCUUUCCUGGUGAGUAAGCCCACGGCCCUUUCUCAAAAUGGCUGAAGUGUCCGUGCUCGGCUUGCUCCCGCCCACCUUCUGCGGCGACAACGACUCGGUGGAAAACUACAUACAGCGGUGCGACGCCUUUUUCCACCUCCGCGGAUUCGAUGAGAAGGGAAAACUCAGCGUCGUGGUCCUGACAACGAAAGGCGUCGCCAACGAGUGCGUCACCAGGCUCAUCGGCAACGACACGGAUAACCCACUGGUAACGUACACGGAACUAAAAUCGAAACUUCUCAACUUCUUCAAACGCACUUGUGACCCUUCAGCGGCAUACGCCGAACUUAGUACAAAAAUCUUGCGGCCGAAUCAGAAUCUCAGGGCCUAUGCACAGGAGGUGAUCUCCCUGUGCAUAAAGGCCGACCCAACUAUGCCCGAAACUAAACAGGUCGGACAUAUAAUAAACGGCCUUCCCAUUGACGUACAAAAAGACUUGAAAUUUUUCAACACUGCCACCAUUUCAGAAGUUCUUAAGAAAAUAGAAGAGCUAGAGGUCACAAACAGCAGACUGCAGCAGGCGGAGUUAGUCCGCCGGAUUCACGGCGCCGGGGCGCCGACCAGCUUCGCAUCCGAGGACCCCAAGGAGGCGAUCAAGGUCGUCGCCGGCGUGCCCGCGGUCAACGCCGCGCCGCAACAGCAGCAGCAGAACCAGCGGCACCACCAACAGCAGCAGCCGUCAGAAGCCGACCCCAUCGCCCAGCUGCAGAGAGACGUAGCCCAACUCAGGUUAGACAUGCUGCAGCUGGCGAAACACUGCGCCAGCAGCGCCGUACCGCCGGAGCCACCAGAGCCACCAUCCUGCAGCUACGAGGGGGACGACGAGGACGACGAGGAUCUCGGCGAAGACUACUGCGACGGCGAGUACUUCGAGGACGAAGAGUACUUCGACGGCGCCAACGACUUGGACUGGCAGCAAGACUGGCAGCAAGACUGGCAGCAAUAAUCAUUUUUCUCUAUUCCUGAUAGCAGUGUAUGUCAGCUCGCCGCAUUCGUCGCUGCGCCUCGCCGACAAACCGUGCUCGCCGCUUCUGCUGACGCCGUUCCCCUGGCCUGCCACCCGGCCGCCGCACCGCCGUGUCGACGCCCGGGCCCGGGUCAUCCAACGCUCCAUGACAACAGCGGUCAGCAGUCGGCGCUCACCUACUCGAGCUCACCUGCUGACCCACAGAGGAACGCGCAGCUCAGCAAAAUCAACGGAGGGCGACGGAAAAGCGACACUGCCGAAAUCUUCCAACUUUCACAAUUGUUUUUUUUUCUUUUUUCAUUUUUUUUUUAAAUCUUCAUUGCCUAUUGUCAUUCGUCAUGGGAACUGUCCGUCUAGAACCAAACAAGUAAUGCUCAACAAAUCCUGCUCCAGGUUCUUAAGGCUUCCGCUGCACCUCCUGCCGACUUCAAGAGGAUCCAGGUUUCGGCCCGAGACAACCCCACGAAGUCGCAGAAAACCCCAGCAAGCCUCAACCAUCUGUUCACCUUCAACCCCACCGCAAGACAACCAGCCGUUAGACCCCAUCCUCCGCGCCAUCCUUCAACAGACCACUCCAGCUAAGUAUCGGACCAGAAGAUAGAAACAUGAAGAGGCCACGGAAGCAGAAACGUUAAAAAAAGGCCAUAUGAAUAAUUUUCUUAAAUAUUAUCCAAUUUAAAGGGGAGUGGCAAUACCGAGGCUCGCCUGUACCACCUAUACGGAACCGCGGGUGCAGCCUCUUAGCUUAGGAAAAAGGGCAAAACAUAAAAAUAAUGAAAAAUGGGCUAUAUAAAUAAAGAAGAAUGGGCUAUAUAAAUGAAGAAAAAUGGGCAUUAACACCGGUCAAUAUUAGAGCUCUCUAUCCUUUCUCUUUUUCAUUUUUUUUAAUUUUUUUUUCUAAAUUUUUCUUCCUUGAUGCAUCUUAGUUUAAUCCUAAUUUUAUCUUAUUUCUAAUUUUAUUUCUAAAUUUUUAGCACUAGGAUGGGUUUCGCACCUUUUUAGGUUAGCUUAGGCUAUUGUUUAGGAUUAAAGCUUUAUUUUAAACUCUUAGUUUUAUCUUAGGUAUAGGGCGCCCCUAGUUUUAAGGUUAGGUCUAAUGCGUUGCCUCUAUUUUCUUUUUUUUUUUUUGGUUUUUCAUACUUGUCUCUCCCUCUCGAACCGAUUAACCCAGCAUUUUGUUCUCUCCAGGAGCCUGGCCGACUUAUUUACUUGCAUCGAAAUGCUUCGUGGCCCCUACGACGUGCGCCGCCGCUGGCACCUGGACCCUCAUAGCGACCCUCCUGUCGUCGCCUGACCUGUCGCCCUGACUGGCUGGAUCUAACUGCACCAAAGUCCGGGAGUCCGUGGACCUCAGAGCCGCCGCCCCGGGCUCCACCAUCGCCACCUCGCUGCACUCCAGCCAGAACUGAGUACGGAUACGUGCAGCAGCAACAACAAAUCCGCUCGGCCCGUGUCCCCAUCAUCUGCAAGGUUGCGUAGAUCCGGAAGCACGGCUCGGCGAGGUCUGCCUGCUAACUUCGCAUCAUCUGACGACGCUAUCAUCAUCAUCAUGGACAAUUUACCUAUUCUUCCAUUAUUUGCGUCGUGCUGGUGGUGACAAUAGUUGCAAUAGUGCACCAAACGUUAAGACUGACUUCCGCUAUGAACUAUUUGGUCAGGCGUCAGGACAGGGAGCGUUACGGGCGGGUGCCUGUGGUAGCGGCCGCCGUGGAGGGCCGCCCUGUACCGGAACUCGAACCCACUAAACCCACAGGUUUCCAUUUAAAUUAAUUUUCUUACUUUUUUCCCCCUUUCAUUUUUUUCUUUUUUCUCUUUUUCAAUACUCUCAAUUAACUUAUUUGCUUUUGCCCCCUGUUGGGCGCGUGGGUUCGGGUUCCGAUUGUUUUGUUUUUUUUAUUGGUUUCUUUUGCAAUUUUCUCCCCCCCCUUUUUUUAAAGUUUUUUUUUUGUUUACAAUAAACCAUUUUUUUUUUUGCAUCCCCCACCCUUGUUCACCAUUGUAACUUUUUUUUUUCGUUUUGUUCAUUUUUUUUUAAAUCUCUUUGUGGCCAUGUAAAUCUCCCCUUUGUACUUUGUUUUUUCUUUUUUUUUUGCUUUUCGAAGGACCGCUUUUGCAUUGUUCCCCUUGUUUUUAUGUUCAAUGCUGCCAUUUGUUUGUUUUUUCUUUCCAUUUCCAUUCCACUUUUUUUCUCAGGCAGCCCCCUUCCGGGACAUUUGUACAGUUUCAGUAAAAAUGUGGGUCCUCAGUAGUUUAACGUUAAAUUUUCUCUUGAGUUUUGGCCGUAGCUUCACAUUUGUUAACCCUUUUUUUUUUAUUCUCACUCUCUCACCACUCAACUUAGCUGAACCACCCUUGCCCAUCCCUCUCCGAGACACACAGAAACACUUACACACUGUUCACCUUUGUUGUGGAUUUCACAUCCGGCCGUGCGUGGCUUGCGCCUUUCUUUGUUUGGUUACUUUCGCAUUGUGAAACUAACCAUUUUUAAUUAACUUCAUUUUUCCAAAUUUAACAUAACCACUUUCUUUUAACUUCAUCCACUUUCUUCAACCACUUUCUUUUAACUUCAUCAAAAUCAAUGCUAACCUCUUUUUACAACUUUAACUGCGGGCAUGAGGUCAUGCCUUUCUUUGUUUGGUUAUGUUAGCAUUGUCAAAAGUGACCGGCAAAUAGGUCGCUCGCCGCGCGCUGUCGAUUGUGAAAUCUGCAACUUAAACAUGCAUCAGUGCCGUUGCGACACCCCGAGAGCUGCACCGAGCGGGCGCAGGGGUGCUGAAUUUGCUGAAAUUGCCCCCCUGUGGUCGCUCGGCUGGGCCCUCGCGGGUCUCCGCGGCGGCAGCCAGCUUUAGACGCGCUCCAGACCUGUUCACGAGUGGCACGCGGAAGGCUUCGGAGAGGGAACAACUGUGUAAGGUGAGAGAGUGAGGGACUUGUUUGAACUGAUUAAAAAGAAAGGAUUAAGAGGCAAACGCUGCUUUAGUUAUUAAACCGUUGCAAGCUGUGCACUAGCGCCCCCUAGAGUAAGACGUAAGGUAGCUUCGCUUAACCUAAGAUUGUGCGGGACCCCUCUUAUUC